AUGUCGUCGACUGCUCAAAGCACGCCCGACAGCGCUCCACCGCAGCCGCAGGUGCAACCCCUGAAGCACGUCUUCAAAGAGGUCGAUGGCUUGCAGAUCGCGUUCGAUGUUUACCUCGCUCCUUCCGCAACCAAGGAGCGCCCCUCGCCCGUACUGAUCUGGUGGCACGGCGGCGGCCUCCUACAAGGCUCUCGCUCCUCGCUCCCCCCACAUCUCCUCGCCGCCCCCACCCGGCACGGACUCACUGUCAUCUCAGCCGACUACCGUCUCGCUCCACAGACGCGUCUCCCUGAGAUUGUAGCAGACUGCAGAGAUGCUCUCGCUUGCGUCCUCUCCCCCUCUUUUGACUCCCUAGUGACUGGGAGGGUAGAUACGAGCAAGGUGUUCCUCUCUGGGUCUAGCGCAGGAGGAUGGCUUUCUCUGCUCGUCUCCUCCUCUCUAGCUUUCGAGAAGAUGGGAAUCCCUCUCGUUCCAGGUGCCAAGGAAAAAGUGCGAGGUACGAUCCCCAUCUACCCCAUAAGUGACAUCACCCAGCCCUUCUGGAGAACAAGACAGCGUCCCGUCUCUUACCUGGGCGGGAGGGUGAUCGAUGGUCCGCGCGAGCUAGGAGAAUUUCUCGACCCGCACGCACCACAGGUUGCCAAUAGUGCUCCGGACAGUAAAAGGUCUAGUUUUUACCAUUACAUGAUUCAGGAGGCUUUACUGGAGGAGCUCCUCCUUACUGGAACGGGUCUGAAGGGAGAGGAUGUGGCGAUUGCGCAGGGCCUCAACGAGGGGUCAAUUACGAGCAUGCCACCUACGCUAAUUUUCCACGGGACCGCCGACGAUAAAGUCCCCUUUUCUCAAGCCCAGUCAGUCGCCGAUGCCCUCCGUGCCCGGGACUUCCACGUGGAAUUCGUAGUCGAGGAAGGAAAGGACCACUUGUACGACCAGGACCCAAAGGAGGAGAUGAAGGAGAUGUAUGAGUUUGUGAAGAGGUUGGCGGGGUGA